AUGCCUCGGCCGGGGAAGAGCUCGUACAGCGACCAGAAGCCGCCCUACUCGUACAUCUCGCUGACCGCCAUGGCCAUCCAGCACUCGGCCGAGAAGAUGCUGCCGCUGAGCGACAUCUACAAGUUCAUCAUGGAGCGCUUCCCCUACUACCGCGAGCACACGCAGCGCUGGCAGAACAGCCUGCGCCACAACCUCUCCUUCAACGACUGCUUCAUCAAGAUCCCGCGGCGGCCCGACCAGCCGGGCAAGGGCAGCUUCUGGGCGCUGCACCCCGACUGCGGCGACAUGUUCGAGAACGGCAGCUUCCUGCGGCGCCGCAAGCGCUUCAAGGUGCUGCGCGCCGACCACGCUCACCUGCACGCGGGCAGCGCCAAGAGCGCGCCGCCGGGCGCCGGGCCCGGAGGAGGGCACCUGCACCCGCAUCCCUCCCACCACCCGCACCACCACCACCACCACCAUCACGCUGCCGCCCACCAUCACCACCACCACCACCACCACCCCCCGCCCCAGCCGCCCCCGCCGCACAUGGUGCAUUAUUUCCACCAGCAGCCCCCGGCUCCGCAGCCGCCGCCGCCGCCUCACCUCCCUUCGCAGCCGCCCCAGCAGCCGUCGUCUCAGCAGUCCCAGCCUCAGCAGCCGUCGUCGCAGCCCGGCAAGAUGCAGCAGGAGGCGGCGGCCGUGGCGGCGGCGGCGGCGGCGGCGGCGGCGGCCGCGGUGGGCAGCGUGGGGCGCCUGUCCCAGUUCCCGCCCUACGGGCUGGGCUCGGCCGCCGCCGCCGCCGCAGCCGCCGCCGCCGCGUCCACGUCGGGCUUCAAGCACCCGUUCGCCAUCGAGAACAUCAUCGGCCGGGACUACAAGGGCGUGCUGCAGGCCGGCGGGCUGCCCCUGGCCUCGGUCAUGCACCACCUGGGGUACCCCGUGCCGGGCCAGCUGGGCAACGUCGUCAGCUCCGUGUGGCCGCACGUCGGGGUCAUGGAUUCGGUGGCCGCGGCCGCCGCAGCCGCCGCAGCCGCGGGGGUACCCGUAGGCCCGGAGUACGGGGCUUUCGGGGUGCCGGUCAAGGCCCUGUGCCAUUCGGCUAGCCAGAGCCUGCCUGCCGUGCCGGUGCCCAUCAAGCCCACCCUGGCGCUGCCGCCCGUGGCCGCGCUGCCGCCCGCGCUCGCCGUCCCCGCGGCCGCCCAGCAGGCGCCGGCUCCGGCCGCCACCGUGUGCCCGGUGGCCUCGGCCUCUCCUGCAGCCUCUCUGCUGGAGCCCGCCGCCCCCAGUGCGGCCGAGGGCAAGGGUGGCUCCCUGCACUCGGUGCUGGUGCACUCCUAA